AUGACCGUCAACAAUUUUGCGAUACUUCAAGGGACUAAGUCGCACGGCAUCUGUUUCAAGUCUGAUGACAAGAUAGACUUCUGCGGCUACUCGGAUGCAGACUGGGCCGGCGACCAUGCAGACCGCAAGUCGACUUCGGGAUAUGCGUUCAUCCUGAUGGGUGCUCCGGUGAGCUGGGGAAGCAUAAAGCAGUCAAAAGGCAAGUGGGUGCAUCGAUUGCUGUGCGAGAUUCUGGAUGCCGCAGAGUACAAGUCUGGACCCGAGCUCAAGAUCAUGGAAGAUAACCAAUCGUGCAUCAAGAUGACGAACAAUCCUGUGAACCAUGGUCGGGCCAAGCACAUCGACAUCAAGUACCAUCACAUUCGUGAUGAAGUCAAGCGUGGUGAUGUCACUUUAAAUUACUGUGAGACUACGAUUAUGUUGGCGGACAUCAUGACCAAGGGACUGCCAGGACCGCGUCACAAGGACUUGACGGCAGCGCUCGGCAUACACGCGUGUUUGCAUUAA